AUGGCCCUGAAUUGGUUUUACAGGCUGAACCCCCGCACCAUUAACUCAUUUGACAGUCGGAAGCAGACCUUCCUGGACCAUUUCAUGAUCCAAACUGAUCGCUUGUACUCCGCCGAUGACUUGUACAUGUUUCGGCAGGGUGAGGACAAGCCACUUCGGGAGUAUGCAGCCCGGUUCAGCCACGAAUACUCCCGCUGCCUAGAGACUGAUGACCGCGCUGCCUUCGGUGCUUUCAAAAGUGGCCUAUGCGAGUCCAACUUCCAGUACCUAGUUCAUAGCAACCCUUGGAACACAUAUGCUAAAUUAAUGAAACAGACAUCAAUUCACGCCAAGGCUGAGUACUUCAAUUCCAAGCGUGGCCCAACCACCCCGGCACGGAACACUUUUGCUGAUCCUCCACCUUCUUCAGUACCCACCCUAGCCCCACCUCAACAUUCUACUCUCGCCCUAAGUACCCAAGGUACCCCACACCCAAAAGGGAAAGAUAGCUAG